UUUAAAGGUUUAACUCUUACCGUGCUAGUGGCGGGCCGAUCCGCCGUCAGCACUUAAGUAUUGUCUCGCGAAUGGCGGAAAAAUCCGCCCUGUGGGGUACCUCUUUACAAUAUGUUCUAUUCUUAGUAUAGUGGUUUUCCAAUACACAUGCGCAGUACGACUACUACCGGAAGGCUUAGAUAAAAUGGCAGCCUCCAUGAAAUAAGUUUAUUGUCGCGUUUUGAGGCAUUUUUGAACGAUUUUUGGAGUUUGUUUCAAUUAUGUCGAACAAUGAAUUUAGAGACAUUAUUACGAGCGAUAGUGAUGACGAGGAAUUCGAGGGAUUUGACCCUAUAGACGUAAUAAAUGCAGAAUAUGACGAAAUAAAUGAUUUAGAAAACGUUGAGUUAGGGGAUGAAGAUCUUCGAGACAUUUUAAAUGAAAUUGAUCGUGAAGAAAGGGAUGUGUUCUUCGAGGCAUAUGAUCAUGACUGGCUUCGUAAUUUCAAUGUAGAUUCUGGACCAACUAAUAUUGAUGACGAAAGUUCUCCCUACGAAAUAUUCAGUAAAUUUGUGGACAAUGAAGUUCUUGAAUUGUUGGUUGAACAAACAAAUUUAUAUUAUGAUCAGUAUUUAGUAGCAAAAGGGGGAAUUGAAAACUUACCUACAUAUUCACGGUUUCGAUCAUGGACACCUGUGGACAUGCCCGAGAUGAAAGUUUUUCUAGCCAUCAUAUUGUACCAGGGAUUAGUGAGACUUCCAAAUUAUGACAUGUAUUGGUCUACCAAUGAUCUAAUUAACUUGAAAAGUAUAACAUCUUAUAUGACUAGAGACAGAUUUUAUAAUAUACUGUCAUUUGUGCAUGCUUGUGAUAAUUCUGCCGAGCCUCCACGUGACUCCCCAAACUAUGAUCCGGGUUAUAAAAUAUCACGCCUGUCUUCCAUGCUUGUAAACAAAUGGAAACAGGCAUAUAAACCAAAACGUGAGGUUUCUAUCGAUGAAACUCUUGUGCCAUAUAAAGGGCGGACUAAAUUACUCCAAUAUAUACCUAACAAGCCCCACAAAUGGGGUCUGAAAGUUUGGACAUUAGCUGAUGCAAAAUCUGGCUAUGUUUGGAAUUGGAUGUUAUAUACUGGGAAACACACACAUGAUCAACAGGCUAGAGGUGCUACCCAUCAGAUUGUUAUGACAUUGUGUGACCCACUACUAAAUUUGGGACAUCAUGUAUAUUGUGACAAUUAUUUUACCAGCCCAGCCCUGUUUGAGGACUUGGCAGACAAUCAAACGGGAGCAUGUGGCACACUCCGAGUGAACAGAGUUGGGGUCCCGAGGGAGGUCAAAACUGCCAAGCUGAACAAAGGUGACCCCCCACUAAAUCACCGAGAUGGUCGUAAACUAUACAUAACUUGGCAUGACAAAAGACUAGUUCAUGUCUUGUCAACAGUGCAUAAUGGAUCCACUUUUACCAAACGAGUUAGAUCAAGAUUUCAUGCAGACUAUGUUCGGGAAGUUGAUCAUCCCAAAUCCAUUCAGCUAUAUACUCAUUUUAUGGGUGGGGUAGAUCUUGCCGACCAACAAACCCAGUACUGUGUUACUUUACAUAAGAUGUUAAAAUGGUGGAAGAAGCUGUUCUUGUGUAAUUUACUUGAAGUGACAGUUGUUAAUGCUAAAAUCAUUUACAAAGAACUGCCAAUCAAUGUGAAUAAGCGUGUAAAAUCUGAAAAAUUCCAUCUCGAAAUCAUCACAGGUUUGUUGGACGGGUAUGAUGUGCAGACCAGGCCAUUCCGCCGCCCAGUAUCUAAUCCUCCAAUGAGACUGGCAGGGAGACAUUUUCCUAGGUUGAAUCCUAAAAUGAUUGGUGGUGGUAGAAGGUCUAGUCCAGAUUGUGAAGUGUGUAGUAAUAGAACAGUCAAACGCCACCAAACCCAGUAUUUUUGUGCAGAAUGUGAAAAACCUAUGUGCGCAUACCCAUGUUUUGAGCGCUAUCACACCUUGAAAGACUAUAAAAUUAACUGUACUGCUGCUUUGCAUAGUUAGACACAAGUUUAUAGACAUGUUUAUGACUGUUUUGAGGUGUUUUAGAAUAAAAAACAAAGGAGAUAUGUCUAGAUUCCAAAAAUUUGUGGUUUUAUUUACAAAAAACUGACAUUUUACCCCAAAAAUUGUGCAUUUGUUAACAGUUUGGUAUUUGCUGAAAACUUUAAUAUAUUGGACAGAGUAUAAUAUAUUGAUAAAUAUAACAGAUUAUCAUUUAACAAAGCUUUAUUUUCAAUCUAGUCAUGCAAAUCAAAUGCAUAUGAAAAUCAUAAAUGUUACAAAUAAUUACACAGUGUUCUGUUACACAACACAUAAUUGGUUACUUAGCGUGCUAAGAGUUAAA